AUUUAAACAAUUACUCCAAACUUUUGUGGUUUCAUCAUCUUUAUAUUAAGUCUCAUCCAUAACACAAAUUUACACAAAACAAUUAAGUAAACAUGAGAUCCAUUAAUGUUGUCUUGAUCAAUCUCAUUAUUUUCCAAUGUGUAACGUUAUUACAUGCUCAAGAUUUUGAUUUCUUCUACUUUACUCAACAGUGGAAUCCAGCAUCAUGUGACAGCAAGAUAAAAUGUUGUUACCCUACAAAUGGUAAACCAGAAGAAGAUUUUGGUAUUCAUGGACUAUGGCCAAAUUACUUCAAUGGAUCAUAUCCCAAAAGUUGUAACAAGAAUGUUCGUUAUGAUGAAACACAAAUCUCGGACCUGAUAAGUAGUAUGCAAAAGAAUUGGCCAACAUUAUCUUGUCCAUCAAAUAAUGGAACAAGGUUUUGGUCUCAUGAAUGGAAGAAACAUGGUACAUGUUCCCUUUCAAUGUUGGACAUGCAUUCUUAUUUCCAAGCAGCUCUUGCUCUUAAGGAAAAGGUCAAUCUACUCCAAAUUCUCAAAAAUGCAGGUAUCCAACCAAAUGGAGGAUUUUACAACUUGGAAGCAAUCAAGAAAGCAAUAGAAAAAGGCAUUGAACAUACUAUUGGUGUAGAAUGCAAUAUUGAUUUAAAUGGGAAUAGUCAACUUUUUGAAGUUUAUAUUUGUGUUGAUAAAUCUGGUUCAAACAUCAUUGACUGUCCAAUUAUCCCAGAAACUAAGAGAUGUAAUGAAAUUGUUGAAUUUGCUGUUUUUGGAUCAAGAAAUAUACUUGAUGGGGGACAUGCUUAUUCUCUUUAAAGAGACUCUUUAUGACAAGAAAAUCAUUGUUUGUAAUCAAUUUAAUGAAUUUUAUCAUGAAAUAAGAGAAUUUCUUGUAUUUAAUUUCA